AUGACUAGUAUUUUGUUCAACAUAAGGAGUGUUGAAGAUCAUCCUGUGAUAGAAGUUGAGUUACGAAGAAGUCGGACGGAUCGUGUCGCGAGCUCUGUUGCACAUCCCCCAUAUUUUGAUGGUAGCAACUAUGGCGCUUGGAAGGCCAAAAUGAAGUCAUUUCUUUGGUCCUUAGAUGAACGUGUAUGGAGUUCAGUGGUUCAUGGAUUUCCUAAACACACAAAGAAGAUAGGAAAAGGAGAUGAAGAAACCACAGUCCUCAAAUGUGCCAACACCUUAAAGAAGCAAAAGGAUGGGAAGAAUAAGGCACUGCAUACUGCGUGGAGUGACAGUGAUUCUGACUCUAAAAAUAAUAAAAAGGCCAUUGCACUUAUCACGACCGUAAGCUUGGAUGAACUAAUGAAGAAGGAUGAUGAUUGUGAGAUAUGA